CCGAAUCUGCGGUCGUUGCUGCUUCUCGCGGGAGCAAAUCCCAGAGUUUGAGAUGCUUUCUCUUCCAUUUCUUCCCCCGCCUCGUGGCCGCCCUCAGACCUUUCCCGAAGGAAGAUGGUGAAUAUUGAGGACCUUCCCAAGGAGAUGCUGCUGGAGAUCUUCCUUCAGCUCCCUUCCUGGUUCCUCCUUCGCAGUUGCCGUCUGGUUUGCUCCGGGUGGCGAGACAUGGUGGACACUCUGAACACGGGAUGGAAAGAGAAGUGUGAGCAUGCCGGCUACCCACUUGGGGUGUUGGCCGGUGCUCUCCCUGACUGGAAGACUCUCUACUCUCUUUGCAGAAUGAAGAAGAACCUCAUUAGGAAUCCCUGCGGCGAAGAGGGCCUGAACUCCUGGCAAAUUGGGCCAGAUCAAGAAGAGGCCUGGGAUGUAGGGAAGCUGUCAAGGGAUGACUCUCCCUUUGAGGAUGGAACAUGGUGCUUUGGUGCAUUUAGCGGGCCCUCACCCAAAAGCCAGGUCAUCGUCUUAAAGGAUCAUGGCUACUGGGAUGAGCUGAUGGAUGAAGUCAAGCCUGAUAUUGUUGUGAAAGACUGGUGCGACGUCCUUGACGAGGACCCCUACAACUACACUCUGCACGUGAAACUGUUGUCUGCUGAUUCUGAAGUCCUCUGCGAAUGUCGCGCUGAAGAGUUGGUCUUAAGUGAGCCCGGAGAGACAGAAUGGAGAGAGGGCUCGUAUACAUUCCAUAACUACCCUGCCGGAGUCCGUUACAUCUAUUUUGAACACGGAGUGACCGGUGUGGACUCUGGGGGCCUAACUAACAGCAGCAUCACUGUGGGACCCAGAUUUCCCUAGAAAGAGGAGGAACCACCAUAAGGAGAAACGGUUCUACUCAUCUGCUUGAGCAACAGGGCGGGGAGACACACAAGGGCUCACUCUGUUGUGUCAUUCCACACACACACACACACACACACACACACACACACACACACUUUCCAGCUAAAUGGGUUGCAAUCCUGGGUCCUACAUCUGUUUCCCCGAAGUUGUGUUUUUGUGUAGUUUUCGGAUGAUCAGCAUUUUUUUUUUAAAAAAAGGGUAUGUGUGUGUAUGUUAUUUUGUAAGAGAAGAUGGGGGACCCUGCAAACAAUAUUAUACUGCAUAAAAGAAAAUGCAACCAGCCCAUGGUAUUGCAGUUGCGUUGAGCA